UUCUUCAUGUCAGCCGUAAAAAUAAAGAUUCCAGAAGACAACAUUACAACGUAUCUGACAAUGAGAAGUCAUUUUAAAAAGAUAUAUGAUGUACGACCUAGGGUAAACUGUUGGUCAGAAGCUUGUCCAAAUAAAAAAUUAUUAAAAAACACCAUCAAUAUUCGUGAUUUUCAAGUUUUACCACAUUAUUGUAAUUCAACAAUCAGUUCUUCAGCAAAAAAAUCAAAACAACAGAAAUAUAAUAAUAAGUUAUCUCGUUCACCAUCAAGUAAAAAGAAAUCCAUAAAUAGAAACUUGAGUUAUGAAUGUGCAUAUAACGAUGACGAUUUCGGAUUUGAAUCGGUUGAAAAUAAUAAUCGUACAUAUUAUUCUCCCGAAACUCCACACCUUGCAGAAAACGCACAGAAGACAAUAAGAAGCCAGCAACAUAAUCCGUUACAUUCAGAUCAUCCGAAAGAAACAACCAAAAAAAAAAAUAAGUUUUUUCAAAAUACAAUGGAUGAAUCAUACCAACGAUUUCUUGAAGAAAUGACCAACGAAGUUGUACGACUUGACUUGUCAACAGAUAAAGCAUUAAAAAAUGUUUUUCGUAAACAUAUAAAACACAAUAUUGGAAAACUUGAUGAGAAAAAAAUGAUGGCAGAAGUGAUGAAAGUACAAGCAUUAUUGGAUUUACCAUUGGACAAUGAUGAUCGAUAUUCUGGAAUUGAUGACAUACCCACACUUUCAACGAAUAAUGCAACUAAUCAACAAAAUUUACCAGCUGCACUAAAAUCUAUAAAAUAGUUUUCAAAUUUUCAAUAUCCUUAAAAUAAUGUGUACAACUUUUUAUUUU